AGCACGUGUUGUGAUAUUUUUUAUUAAUAGAUCAUAACGCCUUGAUAAAGUUUCUUUCACCCGCUUUUGUCUAGAAGGUAACACGGCCGUCUGUCGUCUACUUGAUUUCCUUACACGCUUGUACCGAGAAGUCGACGUACAGCCGCUCACUUGUCGGACAGUUGUUGUCUAGUGCGCUCGUGUCGAUCUUAAGAGAGUCAGUGUGUGAUAAGUGACAGUAGACACAGUGUGGUGCGGAUGCGUUCGCGGUAGCGACUUAGUGCGUUAUGGAGAGCGCGGUGCACGCGGCGGUGCCGCUGCGCGUCGGCAAGAAGAUGCGGAAAAGGAGAGAACUGGAUGCUCUGGUUGGUGGAGCUGGCUCCAGGGGAGGGAGACUUCUGUCAGCUUCAAGUGAUGAAGGGGAACCAUGGGGUAGAAGAAGCUCUAGACGACGUCGUUCGCGCCCUUUUCUCCGUCUAGCCGCGGCACUUGCACUAUGUGUAUGCGUAGUAUCUGCGGCCACAGUGCUCUGGCUGUUUGUGGAUGUGCGGCGGCAGAUCGUCUCGCUUCGCAUCGAAAUGGAUAGAGUAUCAACGAGUAGCGACAGCGUGGGUGACGCGCUGCAAGUAUGCCACAGCGCCGCUAAGGAGCUACGCGCGAACGCGACCAGCUUACACGAGCGGUUGACCAGGCUGGAAAGGGAACACGCGGAGCUGGCUCGUCGUGCGCAGCAGACCGCUGUAGAACUGGCCUCGGUAGCCGACCAGCUCGCAGCCGCCCCCAAACUGGCGGAUACGCCGCGCCGACUCGCUGAACUGCAACGAACUGUCGGCGAUAUCGGCUCACAGAUAAAUAGUUUCGAUGGCGCGUUAAACUCGGCCCGUAAAUUAGCGCUAACAGCCACCACGGGAGUAGAAGAGGUGAAGACCUCCCUGCACCAGCUCGAGCUUAGAAGCAACGAGACUAUCGCUAACGUCUCCACCAACGCAAAGAAGGACGAUGACCUUAAAGAACAAGUUGCUACACUAAAUGCAACGCUCCUCAGCAAAGUUAACAGCCUUGAAACGAGGAUAGAGGAAAUCAAUAAGCCAGUAAAUACUUCAGUCCCAGUUAAUGUGGAGCCCACGUCGAGUUCAACGUCCACAACCAGCUCUACAACCAGUACCACGACUCAGGCUCCGGGCCCUCCAGUGAAGCCGCCAAUUCUACGACACUAAAGCAAUAUAUUCCAUUGCAAACAAGAUCUAGUGAAUUAUAAAUUUUGCUCACUGUCCUGUCUCAAGAAACAGCAAUACGUCCUCACGACAAUUAUAAGAAUAAGACAAAAAUAUCGUUUAAAAAAAUACCCUCCAUGUUUAGGCGUAUUGAAAUUUUUAACUAUAAAAUGGAACUUAGUGAAUGUGUAAAUUUGAAGCGAACGUACGGAAAAUAACACUGCAUUUAUUUGUGUAUGUAACAUCGAAUUUUGUCAGUGUCGGAAUUUCAUCGAGCAUUAUACGACGAACUGGGGUAAACAGUGAUAACUCGAUUUGAUACCAAUGUAAAUAUUUAUAAUGACUUUACAUAGUUUUAAUUUGGACCUACGUGAUGUUAUAAUGUGGUCACACUGAAUGUUAAGUUGUCAGCAAAUGUGUGAGUUACGAAAAUAAAUUAUUGUUAUAUUAA